ACAGGCGCUGGGAGUCCCCUCGCAGAGCUCUGUCCUGCGUCAAGCUCUCGUCAAUACUGCGAAGUGUGCCGUGGUCCCCUCGAUUGACACAUAGAAACCGCUUCAGCAUGCAGCUGUGUCCCAAGGAACUUGACAAGCUUGUCAUCUCGCAGCUUGGCCUGCUCGCACAACGUCGGCUCGCUCGCGGCGUGAAACUGAACCAUUCCGAAGCAACCGCGCUGAUCGCGAACAACCUCCAAGAACUCAUCCGCGAUGGGAACCACACGGUCGCGGAUCUCAUGUCCAUUGGCAAGACCAUGCUUGGUCGUCGCCACGUCGUUCCCUCCGUUGUCUCGACCUUGUCCGAGCUGAUGGUCGAGGGCACCUUUCCAUCCGGUACAUACCUCGUCACGGUCCACCACCCGAUCAGCACCGACGAUGGCGACCUCGAGAAAGCGCUCUACGGAUCGUUCCUCCCUGUCCCCUCGAACGACAUGUUUCCGCUGCCCGAAGCAAGCGUAUACGAGGGCACAAAGCAGCCUGGCGCUAUUGUGGCGGUCAAGGGCGAGGCAGGAACAAUCAAGCUGAACGAAGGGCGAAAGAGAAUCAAGCUCAAGGUCAAGAGCAUGGGCGACAGGCCAAUUCAGGUUGGAUCACACUACCACUUUAUCGAGACGAACCCUCAGCUUCAGUUCGAUCGCGUACGGGCGCACGGCUACCGUCUAGACAUUCCCGCAGGGACUUCCGUGCGCUUUGAACCCGGCGACACCAAGACGGUGACUCUAGUGAAAAUCGCCGGCAACCAGGUCAUCAAGGGCGGAAACAAUCUCGCUUCGGGCUUUAUCGAAGAUGCCUCCAUUGCGGAGGGGAUCGUGGACAAAAUCAAGGCUGGCGGUUUCUUGCACGAGCCUGAGCCAAUGGGCGACGCGGUGCAUAUCGAUAUCUGCACCAUGGAGCGGCAGGCAUAUAUCAGCAUGUUUGGGCCCACUACUGGCGAUUUGGUCAGACUGGGAGCUACCGACCUGUGGAUCAAGGUCGAAAAGGAUAUGACCAAGUAUGGCGACGAAUGCUCGUUUGGAGGCGGCAAAACUCUGAGAGAUGGAAUGGGCCAAGCGGGAGGCAGAUCAGAUAACGAGAGCUUGGAUACCGUCAUCACGAACGCGUUGAUUGUCGACUGGACUGGCAUUUACAAGGCUGAUAUCGGAAUCAAGAAUGGCCUUAUCGUUGGUGUGGGCAAGGCGGGCAAUCCAGAUGUCAUGGAGGGAGUUGACCCCAACAUGGUCGUUGGCUCUUGCACCGAUGUCAUUGCCGCUGAGCAUGACAUCGUCACCGCAGGGGGCUUUGAUACGCACAUCCACUUCAUCUGCCCUCAGCAGGCAUAUGAGGCCAUUGCGUCUGGUAUCACGACCAUGCUAGGAGGCGGAACAGGACCAAGCACUGGCACUAACGCGACUACGUGCACUCCUGGCAAGUCGCACAUUAAGCAGAUGCUACAGGCUGUUGAUGAGCUUCCUCUGAACUUCGGCAUCACGGGCAAAGGAAACGACGCCGAGACUCGCCCUCUGCAACAACAGGCCGAAGCCGGUGCCUGUGGACUGAAGCUGCACGAGGAUUGGGGAACCACGCCAGCAACAAUCGAUGCCUGCCUCACUGUUUGUGAUGAAUACGACAUACAGACGCUCAUUCACACCGAUACUUUGAACGAGUCUGGCUUUGUCGAGCAAACCAUUAAAGCGUUCAAGAACAGGGCUAUCCAUACUUACCAUACCGAGGGUGCUGGAGGGGGCCAUGCGCCUGAUAUCAUCAGUGUCGUCGAGCACGACAACGUCCUCCCUUCAUCAACGAAUCCGACUAGGCCAUACACGAAGAAUACGCUCGACGAGCAUCUCGACAUGUUGAUGGUCUGCCACCACCUCUCCCGCAAUAUCCCCGAAGAUGUAGCCUUCGCCGAAUCGCGUAUUCGUGCGGAGACGAUCGCAGCAGAAGAUGUGCUGCACGAUCUGGGAGCCAUCUCAAUGAUGUCAUCAGAUUCCCAAGCCAUGGGCCGUUGCGGCGAAGUCAUCCUUCGGACCUGGAACACGGCUCACAAGAACAAGGUCCAGAGGGGUACGUUGAAGGAGGAUGAAGGUACGGAUGCAGAUAACUUUAGAGUGAAGAGAUAUAUCAGCAAAUACACGAUCAACCCUGCCAUUGCCCAGGGCAUGGGCCACCUCAUUGGCAGCAUCGAGGUCGGCAAGGUUGCGGACUUGGUCCUGUGGAACCCAGCCAGCUUCGGCGUGAAGCCGACGUUGGUGAUCAAGAGCGGCUUCUGCUCGUGGGCGCAAAUGGGUGAUCCAAACGCCUCUAUCCCGACGGUUGAACCGAUCAUCAUGCGCCCGAUGUUUGCGCCGCUGGUGCCACAGAGCAGCAUCACAUUCGUGUCACAGGCGUCGAUUUCGUCUGGCGUCAUCAAGUCCUACGGGCUGAAGAAGCGCGUUGAGGCGGUGAAGAACUGCAGGAAGAUUGGCAAGAAGGACAUGAAGUACAACGACACGAGGCCGAAGAUGAAGGUCGAUCCAGAGAGGUAUACGGUGGAGGCGGACGGCAUGGUGUGCACUGCAGAGCCGGCCGAGAGCUUGCCUUUGACGCAGGGAUAUUUCGUGUAUUGAUGAAAAAGACGAGGAAAUGCAGCUCAUAGUGAACGCGAUGGCCGUAGAUUGAAGCGAAAAUGCAAUUUGUGAUGGCGUGG